CUCACCAGAAGGGGGCGGUAAUAAGUCGUACCAUGUUUACCAACCGCUAUAGAAAACAUGAAAAUGAAGUAGAAACCAAAGAAGAAGAAACAAACGCGAACGUCGCUUGAAUUACUUUCACCAGCACCAUGCCGAAGAGGAAAGUAACAUUUGAGGACGGGAACGGGGAGAUCGACCUGGAUGACGACCUCCCAAACAAAAAGACUUGCGAGGCUGUGAGUGGACCAGGCUCCAGGUUUAAUGUCAAACAUUCCCUUGACAGUGAUGAAGAGGACGAAGGGGACGACACAAAGAGCAGCAAAUAUGAUGUUCUUGCCAGUGAUGAUGUUGAAGGCCAAGAGGGAGCAACAAUUGACUUUGACGAGGGAGUUUCUAUUACACCGUUCAACCUGGAUGAGGAGAUGCAGGAAGGGUACUUUGACUCCGAGGGAAACUAUUUCGUCAAAAAGGAAGAACAGAUUAGAGACAACUGGCUUGACAACAUUGACUGGGUUAAAGUAAAGGAACAGCCUUUCCAAAAAAAGAAGAAAGGCCUCGGUGCCAAACGGACACGCAGAGUUGGUGAUGAAGAUGAGGCUGAGGAGGAGAAAAAGAGAGAAGAGCAGCAGGUGGACAAAGAAAAUGAAGAGGACGAAGAGGCAGAGCCUGCUGAGGACCCGCUGGCGUCUUACACACAGCACCAGCUCACUGAAGCUGUGGUGGAACUGAUGCAUCCUGGGGAGACGGUCGCUGCUGCUCUCCGACGGCUAGGAGGCCUUAAAGGACGGAAAAAGGGGAAGCUGAGGGAAGAGAGUGAACCCACAGAGGAGACUAAAAGGGAUGCAGAGAAGCUCGACAGACUCACUGCUCUAGCUGACAGAUUGGUGGGAUCUGGGAUGUUUGAGAUCUACCAGCAGACUUAUGAGAAACUGGCUUAUUUGAUGAAGAGCAUGAGCAGCAAGCAACCAGCUGUUAGGCAAAGAGCCAGCGGAGAUGAUGAUGAAGAAGGUGAUGAACUUGACAUGUUUGCAGAUAAAUUUGACGAGACACUUGGAAACUCGGAGGAUAAACAGGAGGAAGAAGACAAAAUAGUGACUGAUGAAAUAUUGUGGGAGUACAGAUGGGAAAAUGUGGACAAUUCGGAAGUUUACGGCCCCUUCACCAGUCAGCAGAUGCAGGAUUGGGUGGAUGAUGGCUAUUUUAGCAGUGGUGUUUACUGCAGGAGGAAGGACCAGGAGGGAUCUCAGUUCUACAACUCCAAGAGACUAGACUUUGAACUCUACACAUGAUUCAUGUCAAGCAGUGGCAAAAUCACAACCUUCACUCUCAGCAAUAAAGUUGCCCUUCAAUCUUUUCAUUCAUUGACUUCAAAGGGUGUACAAUUCAUCAUUUUAACUGGGGCUUUGUUUUCUGUACAUUGCUUUUAAAUAAAUAACUCAUAUAUGUGG